CUUUUUACUAAUAAUUUCCUUAACAAUGCACCCGACAACAAUGUAUCUAACCCUUCAAGAAAUGCUACACCAUAAAAUAAUACUCCUUGAUAUUAAGGGUUAGCUAACGAUCCCUUUUUAUUAUAGUUCCUCAACGAACUCAAUAGUCAUUUGUACUGACCUUUCUGACUAUCCAUAUUUAGCCGCUUUCACAUUCUUCAAACAAGAAACCUGCUUUGAAUUUUGGAACCGUUAACAAAUAGCAGCCAGUGCCUGAACAGUUUUCUAUCAAUCUUUUGUCGUAUCUGGUAGAGCACUUCUUUAUUGGGUUAACGUCUUUAUUUGGAAAUACUAUAACUAAACUUUUUUCUGUACUUUUCAGAAAAAAAACGCUUAAAUAUGACUGAGAUUCUUGACCCUGAGUUGUCAGAAGUUUUGGACUUUGACAAGUUCGGUUUUUUGGAGCCUAUUCCGGACAACGAUUUUGAUAAUGCUCUCGCAAAAAUCAUAUAUGAUGAUUGCUACAAACAGGGCAUGGCUUAUUUUAGAGCUAUCGUAAAGCAAGAGGAGCUUUCGGAAAGGGCACUUGCUCUUACCAGUCUUCUGAUUAUGUUUAACCCAGCUCACUACACCGUCUGGUCAUACAGAACGAAGGUAUUACUUGCUUUAGGAGAUGAGGCCAUUCAAAACGAAUUAAGUUGGAUGGAUCAGGUCGCUCCCCAUUUUCAAAAAAACUAUCAAGUUUGGCCUCAUCGCCAACAACUUGUUCAAAGAACUGGCGACUACAAACGUGAAAUAGCGUUCACGGAGACAAUGCUGCAGCUUGACAGCAAGAAUUAUCAUGUUUGGUCACAUAGACUAUGGCUUGUUCAGCAAACCCGUGAAUUUGCUGCAGAGAACUCUUAUACUCAGGCAAUGAUUCUUCAAGACCCAUACAACAACUCUGCUUGGAACCAUCGUUACACUGUUUUGUUUGAACUGAACGCUGCCGAAAUGGACGAAGCAAGCUUAACCACGGAGCUUCAAUAUAUCAAUGAACAGCUUUUGAACUUUCCAGAUAAUCAGAGCGUUUGGAAUUACUUUUUUGGUGUCAUGGAUUACGCUCCUAACCACAACUUUAAAGAAUUGGUGAUCUCACUUGAACCUACAAUGUCUAGUACCAAUGCUCUCUUUUUGGAAGCUAAGGCGAAGGUUUUACCGAAAAUUGAAGCCACAAAGAUUUACGAGUCCCUUGCAAAUGAAAUUGAUCCGGUGCACGCUUGUUAUUGGAGAUAUCUUGCUAAAUCAUUAGACGACGAAGCUUAAUUGUUCUGACGAUAAUGCACUUUUUACUUUCACAUUGGCCUUUAGUGAAACCAAAGAUUUCUGUCAUUUCUGUACCCAUGCGAAGCGGUCUCCGCGAUAUAACGAUGUCAUUAUGAAAUACUUUAACUAAGUAUCAACUGCAUUUUCCGACCUACUGGCUUCGUUCCAAACUUUGUCUUGCAUGUCGACCGUAAGCACCUCUUUUUUGUCAUGAUUGAUCUACUGCUUAUUUUAUACAGCCUUUUGAAGACAACUUUGAUUCCGGGAUCUAAAUUCAUUUCACGAGAGUUGGUUAAUUGUACCUUGUUUACUAUUUUUGUUUGUUUACCCUUAAGAAUCGCUUUUUGCAAUUACGUAAAUACAAGUGUAAACAAUAAACAAAUGUUU